AUGGAUUUGGUAGAUCCCUGGAGGGACUCGAAAACUGAAAAUGCUCCCGGUAAUGCUACAUUGGAUCCUAAGUCGCAAAGCGUUCGCGAAACUAUAGCAGCGCUCUCAAAUCAAGAAGACAUUUUCGCGCAGCUAGCGUGGCUCACGUCGAAGGAGGACUCCAACGUCGAAAACUAUCGGGAACUUUUGCGUGGCGUACCCGACAUCAAUGACGUCCAUACUACGGGAGUUUCUCUUCUUAUUUACGCAAUCUUAUUCGAUCACCCAGUGUACAUCGAGGUUCUUCACGCACAUGGUGGACUUGACGCCAAUGCUCCGGACACUAUAGUGGGCUACACGCCGCUCAUGUGGUGCAUGCACUUGAAUCGACAGCAAUGCUGCGUCGAGCUUCUGAACUUCUCAGAACAAUUGGAUUUCAAUUACAAGAACCGCAAUGGCUCCACAGCGCUUGACUUAAUUGUACCCGGCACUCCGAUGUACGAGUUCGCAGAAGAACACGAACUAUUUCAAGUGGCCAAUCACGACUCAGUACAUGAUAUCUUCGAAGCGCCUGCAUCCACUAUAUUAACUGAUGAUGUAGAUCACACAAUGGAUCAGAUUGAUCUUCAAACGGCGGGCCUGACUAUAGACGACACUGAAGCCUUCAAGACAAAGGACUCUGUUGAAUUUCAGCCCGACUUUUCCGGGGAAAUCCGUGAUGAAUCACGCUUCUUUGAUUUCGACCAAACAUUGCAAAACCAGUACAUUGAGUUCGCCGAUUACGAUAUCCCUAAAAUACUGGAUUUGAUUGUGUCCCUACCUACAAAAUUGCCUCAUAGACCAAAUGUUCCAGCUGCUAUCAUCUUUCAAUGUAUCAGGUAUGCAGACCAGAAAAAAGAAAGCGAUUCGCUUGUCGAGUCCAUGUUCCGUCUCUCCCUCACGAAAAUUAUGGCCUCCGCUAGUACAGCUACGGGAGGAGUACUCAGUAACGAGACUGGCGACGUGGUUUUACAAUCUUACUGGCUAUCUGCACUCAAUUUUCUUUACUAUUAUCUAUAUCGGCAAGAGGGCUUUUUCAAACGAUACCCCACCACCUUACAGGAGAUCAUUGACGACCUUCGCACACUGAUGGUCGAAUUAAUUUCCUCCAUUCAUACCCGAGUUCUUGCCCUUGUUGAUACAACCAUUUUAGAAUAUACGACUAUUGCACAAGUCAAGCAAACAUUAUACAAAAAAGAUUGGAACCUUUUCAAAAGAAGAAAGCAAAGUCAUUUGAAGGGGACCCACACAGAUAGUUAUGACGAGAUUUUGAAGAUGUUGUAUCCACCAUCUUUAGAAGAACAGAUGAAGCCCUCGCCUCUAAAAAUUGUGCAAAUAUUUGGUGCACUAUCCUAUGUUUUGGACCUUCAUCAAAUUCACCCACUUGUUGCACAACAAUGCCUAUCGUUGGCAAUCAAGUGGUUUUCCAGUUCAUUAUUUAACAAGAUUAUGAGCAACAAAAAAAAGUGUUUAUCAAGGGCCCAUGCAGUGCAAAUUAGACUGAACAUAUCAGUUAUUCAAGACUGGAUUAAAAAUCAUGAUUUUACUGUACCUCCUCCCAAAAUGAUUGAUGAUUUUAUGUGGGAAAGAUUCCCCUACACUUUGAUACAUAAUGUCGGAGAAAUCGAUUUGUCUUCGAAAUCACCAGAUCUAAGAAACAUUGCAACUUAUAAGCCAUUGAAAACUGAUCAUACAGAAGAUACUUCAAAUUCGCUUUUUUAUUACCAAUCAUUUCAUCAUAUUUCUCAAAUUCAUAUGGAAUCUCUGCUGCAACUUCUGCAGUGGCUCCAAGUGGCUACUUCCCUUGAGGACGAGGAAAGUCUAGAUUCAACUUUAUCAUUAUUGAAUAAAUUAUCACCACUUCAAUUGCUGAAGUCUAUAGGGAAAUACCGCUACGAAGUUGACGAAUCGAAGUUCAACUCAGCGCUAAAAAAGAAAUUAUCUGCUAUGUGCAAAAAUAGUGUCGACAGUGAUCAAUAUCUUCCUGAAAAAGUCCUACCCUUGCUUGCGUUACCUACAGUUGCCGAACUGAUCGACAAUUAUUCUAGCUGCGAAGAUAGUUACGAAUUGUUACCCUUUUUGCCAGUCGAUGUGCAAGAUGAUGUUGAUGAAAUUCACGAACAGAACUUCAAACAGCGUCAAAUGGAGCACGAGAGAACUCAAAAUGAGAUCGAAGACGCGGAGAAGGAUACUGAUGAAGAAAAUGAUGAUAGAGCAUUUGAGGACGAUGCAGGCGACGAGCUUUUUAAGCAGCUUAAUGCACCUUCUGUGGCAGCUCAAAAGCCACUAUGGGCGAUUAACAGUGACAUCGAAGCGAAUCCUUGGUGA